ACGGUGUACUCACUAAAUGUUAUGUAAUCCCGACGUAGAGGAUUGUGUUUCUGGUAUGGUACAUCAAGAUUGUUUCGGGGCAAAGAAUAAUUUGCAAGGUUCCUCGUCGGACUCGGCGGCCAAAAACGAUGUUAACACAAACAAAAUGGCUGAUGCGCUUAGUCGGAUCGUAAAAUCGCAGAGCCGUGUGACAUUUUACGCACGGUAACCCGGUGGUAUGCACUCGUAGCACAAUAGGCCGCAAAUAUAUUCGAUUAUAGAACGACUGUACAGUUACACGACACUCGCGGUUCAGACCGGAACAAACGAACAGGAGAAAAUCAGUAAUUAAACUUUGCCAACAUACGCCCGGCCUAAAGGAAAAAUACGAUAGCUGCUAAACGGUAAACAACACCCUUCGGUGAUAUGUUUUUUUUUUUUUUACAUUUUCCAGUCCGUACACCUUGGACGUGCUUUGGACACGUUCUUUGUUUGUAUUAACACUCGGUACAGAAUUACACCGGUAGAGAGCGAGACGCGUAUGUUUCAUGAUCGACAACACACGAGUUCGUUUACCGGUGGCUGGCGGGCACGGUCUGCAAGUAUGUCGACCCCAUAUGCUCGACCCGCUCCCACCUCUAUCUAUUACAACCAAUCAUAUCUCAUAUACAUAACAACAACAAUCAUCAUAAUAAUCAAUUAAUAACAAUAACAAUAAUAAUACGUCCGUUUUGUGUCUUGCACUCUUGCGUGUGUACAUUUGAACAUUUUAAUACUUAUAAUUUUUCUAUUUCAUUGGUUUUUUCCACAGAUAUUAGUACUUUAUAUUUGUGGUACAUUACUUCUUUAGAAAGUUAAUAAAAUUUUUUAUGUCUAACAAAAAAAAUAAAUUAAAUUUAUAUGAAUUAUUAGGUAUAGGCAUAUAUACAGUUGAAUUUUUGUUAACAAUCAUGCUUGUACUUUUCUUUCAGUACCUUUUACCAAGUAACAUUUAAUUUACUGCUACAUAAGUACAACUAAAGAGCCUAGGGAAUAUUUAAACAUUUAUUAUUUAGUUAACAUAUUUUAUUAGUCGAUUAAAAUAUGUAGUAACGUUUAAAACAACGAUAUACAUUAAAUAUCUCCGUUUUGACUUACUAUCAACUAAAUAAUAUAUACGUGUACUAGGUACCUAUAUUAUUUGUUUAAUAUACUUUAUGCAUUUUUGUUUACUGGGGUACAACCAUUUAUUUAAAAAAAUAAUUUGAACAUUAUUAUAAUAAUAUGUUAUAUUUAAAUAAAAUAAAUGACUUUACAUUUAAUAAUCAUUAGCACUGAUGAUCAGUGUUCUAAAUAUUAUUUAUUUAUGUGUUUAUUGAUAAUAUUUAUAAUAUAAUUAUUUUUAUUCUGGAAUAUGUAUUUUUUAAUUUUCCAUAAGUAUUUUCGAUUUUCAAACAUCUUUGAUGUUUUGCAAACCUAUAACAUUGCGAGAUUGCCGCUCAUUUUAUUUAUGAUAAUCACGGUUUAAGAUAUCUUAAAUCGUGAUGAUAAUAGAUAAGUGAUAUUGGUAAUAUUAUUUAAAUCGAAAUAUCAAUUCACUUUUUUUGGUUUUUUUAGAAAUGAGUGAUACUUUUUCUUAUAACAAUAAAAUAAUAAAUUAAAAUGUACUGCGAUAAAGUGAUAGAAUUGUUAAAAGAGUUGGAACGUUCCCGCGAAGAUACUAUACCUCCAUAUAAUGUACUCAAUAACACCUAAUACUUUAUCUAAAUAACGAGUAUUUUAUUUAACAUAUUUAUUAUAUUGUAUGAUUCUAUGAGUUAAAGUUAAUUACAGUUUGCAAUCUAAUUUACAGAAUGAUGGAAUAAAUCAAGUACUUUCUGAAAUGAAAACUUUGGAUACUGAAAUUUUGGAUAUUUUGUAAGUAUACAACUGUUGUUUUAAACAGUAAAUAGCAUUCAUUAUUUAAUAGUAAAACAUAUUAUGUGUUUUUUUAUAAUAUUUCUAUAAUAAAUGUAAUGUAGACAUAAAAAUCCAAGAGAUAAUUUGCCCAUGGAUGCAGUUCGCCUACGACGUGCAGCUAUAGAAAGAAAUAAAAGAUGUUUAAUGACAUACAUGUAAAACUAUUGUAUUAAUUAAGUUAAUUAAUAAAUUAAUAAUAAAUGCAUAUUAAUUUUAGCUGGACUAGAUUGCAGCGGUUAAAAGAAAUGCGUUGGGAAAUUGGUGCUAUUUUACCGUCAGAUGUAAGGCAAAAUCUUUCACAGUCGGAGGUGUGUUUUUUACUUUGAGUAUUAAUAUUAUAGUGUAAAUAAUAUGUAGGUGUUUUACAUUAAUUUCUUAACUAGUUAUUUUUUUUUUUUUAGAUAGAAUGGUUUAAUAAUUAUUGUAAAUCAUUAGUUUCAUAUAUGAAGACCAUAGGACCAGAUACUGGACUCAAUUUAACUCAAGACACUAAACCACCAAAGUCACUUUAUACUGAAGUAAAUAUUCAAAAUAAAUUAUUAAAUUUAUAUUUCUUUGAAUAUACAGUGAAUUCUGCAUAAUGUAAGCAUGGAACCAGUCACAUUUGCCCAUAUUAAUUGGCCAAAUACAUCAAAAUUAGUUUAAAAAUAACAAUUUUUAAUUUUAUAAAAGUUUUUAUUUUGUACACACAAACCAUAAAAUUGUAAACAAAUUUAAAUUAAUAAUUAUAUAGGUCUUUAUUUAUGUAUUUACUUAAAAAAAAAUACAAAAAAAUAAUGAAUAAUAUUAUAUAUUAGAUAAAAUUACAAUUAGGACAUAAGAGAUAUAAAAAACAAUGUUAAACCAUAUCUAAGGGCUGGAUUAAAGAUGGAUCGUAUUUGGUAGCAAGAAUUUUAAAGUGAUACUUUUGAGUUCAACACAUUUUGAAUGUGCAUCUCAGUUAUCAACGAGAGGAAAUAUGGACCUAUUUUUGGUCUAUUGGUUGGAUUUUGCGUGUAGUUAUCCCAUUCUCACAGCUAGUUUGAAAAAAUGGUUAGUCAUUCAUUUAUUUUUAUUUGUUUGGUAAUGAUCUGGACAACUGCCAUUUUUCCAUGAAUAAAUGUUUAAAGCGCUUAGGUUUUAAGCUUUUACCCACUACUAGCAACUUUCUCUUAUAACCAGUCAUAUUUAUAUUUAUUUAGCACAAAACUGUAAUCAUUUCUGUUGCCUUUUUUGAACCGAUAGCACGUCUUUUUUGAAACAUAAAGAACUGUCAAGUAUCACUCACUAAUACAUUCCAGUUUUGUUUACAUCAAAUGUUAUUUGAGGCAAAUAACAUAUUUUUUGUGACAUUUCGUUGAAAUUUAAAUUUAAUCUGAAAUUAUUGUUAUCUCUAUAACAAUUCUUUCCUCUGAAAGAAAGCAAUACAUUUUUAUUUUUAUUACUUUUGUUAAACAUAAUCUCAUAGAUAUGACAAAACCCAAUUAUAUUAGUCAUUUUAAAAUAUACAUAAAUUCUAACAUUAUGAUAAAAUAAAAAUAAAUAAAUAAAUGAUUUUUUUUUUGACCUUGUACGAUAUACAUUGGAACUGGUACUAGAUCAUUUUGCCCAUAAUAGGUGGUUGUCUUUAUUAAACGGAAUCCACUAUAUAUAUUUUUAAAAUACAAAUUUAAUUUAAGUUAUAAUGUAUGUACAUUUCAAAUUCUCUUAGAAUAUUAUUAAUCCUUGGGCUUUUAAAAAAAUUUGAUUAAAUACAAAUUUUAACUUAUUAAGUUAAAAUUUGAAAUAAUAUUUUUAUUAUAUUUGUUUUUGUCAUGAACCUCAAAAUUAUAAUUUUAUUAAUUAGAUAUUAUAAUUUUCAUAUGUAUUAACCAACUUAUUAUUUACAUUUUAUGACGUUUUUUCCACAAAUAAAUAUGUUUAUUUAUACAUUAUAUAAAUAUUGUUUUUACUUUAGGUAAGAAGUUUAGUAGAUGCUGGUAAAUUGGAACUGGAAAGUGGAGAAGUUUUGAUUCUAAGAAAAAAUAGUCAGUAUAUGUUAUCAAGAUCACAAGCUGAACCAUUAAUUCGUCAGGGUAUAUUGGAACAAGUUAGACAUUAAUUCUAUAUCUAAGAAAAAUGUUUAUGUUUAUUUUAGUAUGAUAAGAUAAUAAAUUUGUAAUAAGUAAUAGAUAAUUUAAUUUAUUUAGUUCUUAUUUUUCUGAGAGAUAAAAAAAUGCAUUUUACAAUACAUUCAUAACCCCUGUAAUUUGGCAGAGGGGUUGGUACUAAAAAAAUUUAUUAUUUUAUUUUAAAAUUAUUAUAUUUUUUUAAAUUAAAGAUUCUUAAGAAAAUUAUUGAAAUAAGUAGUUUUAUAAUAAUUUGUAAAUAUAUUUGUGUAUGAUUUAAUUAACUAUUUACUAUUUAAUUGCUUACGACCCAAGGUUAAUAAAAUAUAUAUGUAUAUAAAUAUUAAAUAAUAACCUUGUAAUAAUACAUAUCUAUGUUAGAUAUAUUUGGUAAGUAGGUCCCUAUCAUUAUUCAAAUUUAAUGACAAUAUGAACCUAAUAUUAUGGCAUCUAAAUAAUUUUUUUAAAACAAAAUUAAAAAAUAUUCUCAAUUUUUAUUUUCAAAAAAGAAAAAUUAAAAAUAAAGGGUGUCCUGUAAUCUGCAUUUGUUUCUAAGAAAUCUUAAUUAAUUUAUAUUGUAACCGAUUUCAAUAAAUUCAUAAUUUUCAGGGGAAAAUGUUGUUUUAUUAUUACAGAAUAAUAUCUGACACUCAAAAUUGCUGUAUCAGUUAUAUAGCAUUAAAAAAACAAGAACAAGAUACCUUUAUUUAGUUAAUUUAUUUUAAAAUAUAUACUGUUGAAACAAAUACAAUUUAUCAGACACCUUUUUUUCUUUCGUAAAAUUGUGUUUUAAUGUAUUUGAAUAUUUUUGCGGAAACCAUUAUUAAGGAAGUUAUGGAAAUUUGAAGUUUAUUGUUUUUAUGGUUUCACUUAAAUACCUACCUAGUUGAUUUUCUAUUAUUUUUUCUCAUUUGACCAUGGCGCAUUGGAUAACGAUAUCUUAGAAAUAAUUGCUGUAUAAGGCUCAAAACUUUUUUCAUACGUUAAUUAACAUGCGUGUAAUCUUCGUAUGUGACUUCAACAAAAUAUUUCGAUUUAAUUUUAUGAAUUGUUUAAUUCUAAUCUAAUAAGGGUAUGCCAACAGAAGCGCACAUUCUAAAAACGCAAUAACUCGACAAAAAACAAUCAAAAUUUCAAGAAAAAAAUGUAUUGUAAACAUAAACAUUUCCAAUUUAAUGAUGAAAAAUAAUGUCGAGUAAAUGUCCACCUCCGUGAUCCCUACAUGUAAUAAUGUGAUCCUUGAAAUUGGUCAUCACUUUCGCGCACAUCUCUCUGUCGAUUCCGUCAAUUACUCGCCUGAUUUCUUGCCAUUAUCUGAUGGCUUCAAGUCUUGUGUCAACUGAAUCUUAUAUAGAUGCAGAUGAAGCUCUUUUUUCAAAACUCAAAAUUUUUUCUCAGUUGCUGUGAACGACGGCGAACAGAUUUAUGCGGACUCACUUGAACACUGUCUUGCACUAUGACUACGUUUGCUGGCGAUCGAAUGGUCCUCUGAUGGGUAGCUUUCAUGUCUACAACUGAGCCAGUUUUCUCGAAUUGUUCUAACAAACGAGUUACAGUCGCUCGCGAUGGCGCAUUGUUUCGUACGAAACUUUUGCAACGUUUCAGCGACACAGUCUCUGCACUUGGAGUGCAUUUUCACUAUGGUUACACGUUGUUCAACUAUAAACCUCACCAUGACGACGAUUGCCAAAAACUGCUUGCAUUGACAAAUGGGAG